AUGAACAGAGCGAUCAUAGUUACUUUAGCUACAUGUCUGCUUUUAGCUUCAAAAACUAUCUGCCACAAUGAAUCAUUAAUGAUCAGUUUGCGGACUAGAGAAGAAAACAGUGAGAAAAACUCUUCUGAGUCUAAUGAAGACCUUAUAGAAGAAAAACAGAGAAGUGUGAAUCUUGAAGAACUUAAAGACUGGGAACUGAAGAACAUAGUUAAGAUGAGUGGACCAGCUGGGAAGGCAAUGCCAAGUUCAAUGGCUAAUUUGCCACUGAGAUUUGGCCGAAACUUCCUGGAAAGAAGAAAUAUCAAACCUACAGCCAAUCUGCCCCUCAGGUUUGGAAGGGCUUUUAGAUAUUUCUCACACAGUUCUGAGAAAACUCCUUCAGUUCAAAGUUUUUUCCAUUCGCUAGCCAAUCUACCAGAGAAAUUUGGGAGAUCUUUUCUUUUCAGUUUGAUUCAAGGCACCCAGGAUUAUGACCAAAUCAAAAAUAGGUGA